AUGGCUCCACACGAGUUGAUCCCCGUCAACCCCGACACGAUCGUCGAGUCGCAAUACUUUCCUUAUCCCCACAGCGUGAACACGCUCCCGCAGGUCUACCGAAUAGGUCUUGUGCCUAUCGUUGUCUUCUCCUUGAUGAGCCUGGUGUCAGUAACGAUAAUGCUUGGUUGCAUUACCCGCCGCUUAAUAUCCUGGCGAACACAUCACCGAGAAUUUGUCGGCUAUAACCAGUUCGUCAUUCUCAUCUACCAAUUGCUUCUCGCGGAUCUUCAGCAGUCGAUUGCGUUUGCCAUUUCUAUCCAUUGGCUGUCCAUCGAUAAGAUCCUAGCUCCAACGGCGCCGUGUUUUAUACAAGCUUGGUUCUUGCACAUUGGGGAUGUUGCGAGCGGAUUCUUCGUCUUGGCUAUUGCCAUCCACACCUGGCUGGGAGUGGUGAAGCAGUACAAGAUGCCGUACAGCUGGUUUGUUGCAAACAUUGUGAUGAUCUGGAUUGCUGCCUUGAUAUUGACCAUUGCGGGUCCGAUCAUGCAUGGAGAUCAUUUCUUCUCACUUGCUGGAGGCUGGUGCUGGGUAUCAUCCGACUACCAAAAAGACCGUCUAUAUCUCCACUACCUGUGGAUCUUCAUUGUCGAAUUCGGCACUGUAGCCAUCUACGGCCACGUCUUCAUCCACUUGCGCGGUCGCAUAAGCUUCAUCACCAAUAAUGACACCACGAAGCUCACCCGAGCGACAAAAUUCAUGGUCCUGUAUCCCGCCGUAUACGUCAUUCUCACGGCCCCCCUCGCAAUUGCGCGCAUGCUCGCCAUGGGUGGAGUAGAAUCGCCCGACGUCUUCUUCUGCGUGGCAGGCUCUCUCCUCACAUCCUGCGGUUGGAUGGACGCCCUACUCUACACUCUCACGCGCCGGAUUCUAAACGACGACACGGCGAGCGCCCAGUACGCCCACACCCUCAGCGCCGUAGGCACCAAUGUUGCACAUUCACGCGACACGCAUGACUUCGGCCUCCAAAGCACAAACAGCAAAGAGCCCGUGACCGCCAUUGCGCGCACAGUCACCAUUGUCGGUGGCAGUAGCAGCAGGCUCUCACGCAUAGUGGACCACCGUCGCGGCCGCCCUUCCACCCACUCGGCCUAUCUAGAAAAAGACCUUUCCCGCGAACCCAGCCCCACGGGCUCACAGGACAUCUUGACCAAGUCCAUGACCAUGGAUGGUGCUACUAUCGUCGCCGAGACAAACAUCCACGUUGAGACGGAGAGCAUUGAUGGAGUAACUCUGCGCUCGAGAGAUCGGAGUGGAUCCUCCGUAUAG